AUGUCGACCGCAGCGUCGAUCGCGACCCCACGCGUCUCCCUUCGGAUCCGCUCCGGCGCGCGCGCGCUCCGUGCCGCGCCCGUCGCGCCUCGAGGGGCGCACCGCGGAGCCUCAGUUCCGGUUCGCGCGAUUGGAGGAAAGAAGGGUGCAUCCGCGUCGGCCGACGGAAAGAAGGCCGCGGCCAAGAGCGUCGGGAAAGAGAAGAAAUCGUCGGGUAAGACGGGAACCGCGAUCGGCGAGUCGCCCCUCUCCAACCUCCCGGUCCCGCUCCCCGUCGCGGGCGGCGGCGUCCUGGUCAUCGGCGUCGUCCUCGCCAAGAUCCUCGGGGGUCGAAGGGGCGGAUCAGUCGCCAGCCUGGAGGAACGGGGCGCGCUCGACGAGAACCGCUACGUGGACGACGACAAGUUCUUCUCCGGGAUGAUGAAGACGGUCCGCACCGUGGAGAUGCCGGCACUGACGGAGGCGCAGAUCAGGGCGGCGAGGGAGCGACGGAGGCAGUCGCGGGACAUCGACGCGUCGCCGUCUACCCUGGAAAACGUCGAGCUACCCGCCAACCACCCGUUCGCGACCGACGCCAAGGUGAGCGAGGCGGAGCGGAAGAAACUGGCGGAGCGGGUGAGGGAGAUGAACAAACCCCGGAGCAGGGGCAGGGGCAGGGUCAGGGACGAGUGA